AUGAGUCCCCCUCCAGUCUGGAGGAGCUUGAAGAGGGGGAAAUCCCAUCCAAACCCCCGACAUUCCAUAGCCCCACGACCCCCGCAUCGACGCGUCCGAGCCUCGAACCCCCCACCUGAGUUCGUCCAGGGACAAGCCGAACAUACGCCUGCACACCCAAAUGGCAGACUCGGUCGCAAACGGAAACUCGUCUCAACCGAUGACGAACUCGCUGGUCAGCCUGAACCUCAGAACAAGAAAAGAAAGAAGAAGGACAACCCCGAAGAUAAAGCGCACUACAAAACUUCUUGGGAGUUAGGACACGACUUUUUUGGGUUCAUCGUCCUUGUCGAUGACUAUAGGGCUUGGGGCAUUGCGAAUAAGAUUCUUCAGUUACCUGUUCCAAGGAACGUACGCAAACGACUGGCCUACUUCUGCGAUGCGUCCAUCCAUUCGUUAUGUGGUGCUGCGGGCAUUGUCUGGCCGGAGAGCCUUUCUUCAAGCAAAUGGGAGGGCAAGGGGGUCGGUCUACUACCCUAUCAAGAAAGGGCCACUAUUGUACAAAACCCCCGUGUGAAUAGGACGUUCUUUCAGCAGCAUUCGUCGCUGACCACAUCCCAUGGCCACAGGAUGACUAAAGAAGUCUUCCUCUUCACAGAUGAUAUCAAUGCCCUUAGACGCAUUGCCGGACGUCUGCCUUAUGACCCAAAUGGAGAUAUGGCCAGUCACUUGGAGGUAAUCACAUGGCACUCAAAGACACUGAAUCGGCUCGGCGUGCACGUUAAGCUCCACUUCAGUCCUGGGCAUUCUAAAGUGCCAGGUAAUAUGGCUGCCGACGCAAUGGCUAGAAAGGCCCAGAAUGAGCUGUUUGUCCAAACAGCAAUCUCUUGGCCGGCAAUGGAGUAG